ACUCUUCCACAGUAUAUACCACCAUAAAUUUAUGUCUAAAACUCAUGUUCUUUUUUAUGUUAAUUAGUAGUAAUAACUAUGGAUUAUUAUUACUAUUUUACCACUCCUCUAGCUCUGUUGCUUGCAUGGACUUUGGUCCAAGGCUUCAAUUUGUUACUAGUAGCACUAACAAGAAAUAGAAGCAGAAAGCUUCGUCCAGGACCCUUUCCAUUACCCAUAAUCGGAAAUCUUCACUUACUGGGCAAUCAACCUCAUAAAUCCCUUGCGAAACUCACCGAUUUUCAUGGCCCAAUUAUGCGUCUGAAGUUGGGGCAAAUAACAACAGUGGUCAUUUCUUCUUCAGACAUGGCCAAACAAGUGCUCCAAAAGCAAGACUUAGCCUUCUCUAGCAGGUCAAUUCCUGAUAUAGUCCAAGAGGACAAUUUUCACAUAUUCUCCUUUGGUUGGCUUCCUGCCUCCCAUCCUCAAUGGAGAUCUCUCCGCAAAAUCCUGAAUUCCCACAUCUUCUCCGUUAACAAGCUUGAUGCCACCCAGCACCUUAGGUACAAGAGGAUUGAAGAACUUAUUGUUUACUGUGAAAGGAGUAGCCAAAUGGGGGAGGCGGUAGAUAUUGGUGCAGCAAUUUUCAGGACCAUGUUGAAUUUAUUUUCCAACACUCUCUUCUCAAGAGAUUUGGCGGAUCCCUUUGAAAAUUCCGGCAAGGAAUUGGUGGAGGGAAUGAUGAUGUACAUGGGUAAACCAAGCUUGGUGGAUUACUUUCCCGUCCUCAAAAUAGUAGAUCCGUUAAGUUUAAGGCGAUAUAAUUCUCCUUUCGGGAAACUACUAAAGAUAUUUUAUGAAUGGAUAAAUGAGAGGCUGGAGCUAAGGAAAUCCCAAAACUAUUAAAAUACUGAUGUUUUAGAUGCCUUAAUCACAACAAGUGAACAUACUCCCCAAGAGAUUAAUCACAACCAUAUAGCAUCAUUUUGUUUGUGUAUCUCAGGACCUAUUUAAUGCCGGAACUGAUACAAGUUCGAACGUAGUGGAAUGGGCUAUGACUGAGCUUCUUAGAGCUCCAGAGAUUAUGAAGAAAGUCCAAGCCGAGCUGGUAGAACUCCUCGGAGAAGGUAAACCGAUGGACGAAGCUGACAUUGCCCGACUCCCUUACUUGCAGUGCAUUAUUAAAGAAACUUUCAGGAUGCACCCUCCAGCUCCUCUUUUGGUUCCUCGAAAAGCAGAACAAGAUGUUGAGGUGUGUGGCUACACUGUCCCUAAAGGUUCAAAAGUGUUGAUUAAUGUGUGGGCAAUUGGCCGGGACUCAACUCUAUGGGAAGACCCUUUGGUGUUUAAUCCUGAUAGAUUUAAGGAUUCAAAAUUGGAUGUGCGAGGUCAAGAUUUUGAGUUAAUUCCAUUUGGGGCUGGUAGAAGAAUUUGUCCUGGUCUGCCAUUGGCAAUAAGGACGAUCCCAGUAAUGCUUGGCACACUGUUGAAUACAUUUAAAUGGAAAAUUGAGGGUGACAUUGCACCAAAAGACUUGGACAUGCAGGAAAAAUUUGGCCUCACCUUGGCCAAACUUCUUCCUCUCAGAGCUGUCCCUCUUCCCCUCUGAAAUCUUAAAUUAGAUGGCUUCCUAGAAAAGGCAAUGGAUGAUGAAAACAUUGUAACAAAUAUUUGAGAUGUAAUUCUUAUCCUUUCAUUGAUUA